AACGGGCAACACUGCUCGGACUCUUGCAAUACCCAAGCGUGGAGCGCAAGCACUCUCCUGGACUUUUUAGAGGAGGUGCAUAAGCUGGGGGCAAAGUAGAUGGGAGGAUUCAAACGGACUUUAUAGAGUACGACAAGUUAGGACAAACGAGGGGACAAACGGAAGUAGUUAGUAACGGAUAAUCGGACCGAGGCUUGCGUGAUUAGUAAGGGAUGGAGGUUGCCCAUAAGUAAGCUGGUUCUGCUAACCUAACCUUUGCACACGCAAUCACGCGCAAUCAUGGCUACCUGUCGCGAUACCGAGGGCUGGAAUAUCGUUUCUCGUAUUCGUCCCUUUGAUAUCACUCUCUGUUUCGAGGAAGGCAUCCUCUUCUCCAGUCUCUACGCCCUCUUACUGGCGUUGGCUGUCGCAAAAUGCCUCUCUCUCUCUGUACAUCUCUCAAGGAGGAGGUCGCCCAAGAGCCGAUGGGCUCUGGGCUUCAAGAUCCUCUUCCUUACCCUCGCAUUCUCCGUCAGCAUCGCUAACCUUCUCUACACUGUCUAUACAAGGAUACCCGUACCUGUGCUCCAGUCCUACAUCUUUGAACCUGUUUCGCUCGCGGCCGCCGUCGUCCUGACAUUUUUCAAUCAUACUCGAGCCAGGAACUCGUCUGCUAUCCUCCUCAUAUACUGGCCUCUCCAUUCUUUCGUAUAUGCCAUCUGGACACGAUCCGUGUUGACAUAUGGUUUUAACCAUAUCAUAUUUACGUUCAAAUCAAUCAUAGCAGGACUCGGCGUCCUAUCUUUCCUUCUGGAAUGCGUAGGGCCAGAGUGGGGAUCGGACGAAAGGAUUGUUGAUGGCUUGCAUGCCGAAAACCCGGUCAUCACGGCGAAUAUCUUCGGUCGAUGGUUCUUUUCUUGGAUGACGCCCCUUAUGAAGAAAGGUGCCUCCCAGUAUAUCUCUGAGAACGACUUGCCAUCUCUACGUCCUGAAGAUGACUCCGAGCGACUCGGACAGAUCUUGCAUGAUGCAUUGCAAAAACAUUCCUUAUGGAAGGCUCUCUUCAUUUCGUACGGUGGUCCCUAUGCGUUAGCAGCUGGCCUGAAGCUUGUUCAGGACUGUCUUUCAUUUCUGCAACCACAACUGCUGCGCUGGCUUUUAUCAUACAUAUCGGUCUACCAAAGCGCGCGAUAUGUUCACGACUCUGCCAAGCCUCACCCCUUGGAAGGCUUCUCAAUUGCUGUACUCAUGUUCAUUGCAUCAGUCGCUCAAACUGUGAUCUUAAACCAGUACUUCCAAAUCGCAUUUGAAACCGGAAUGAGAGUACGCUCAGGGCUCGUUUCUGUGAUUUACGCAAAGGCCUUAGUCCUUUCCAACGACGAGCGAGGACGGGCAUCCGGUGACAUUGUUAACUUGAUGUCUGUUGAUGCGACGAGGCUGCAGGACUUCUGCCAGUUCGGAUUGAUAUCUAUUUCGGGUCCUUUCCAAAUUACGUUGGCGUUUAUCUCUCUAUACAACAUGCUUGGAUGGCCCGCCUUUGUCGGUGUCGCUAUAAUGUUGUUUUCUAUCCCUCUGAACACCUUCAUUGCUCGCAUCCUGAAACGCAUGCAAGAGACCCAAAUGAAGAACCGCGAUAUGCGAACGCGUUUGAUGAGCGAACUACUGUCUAACAUUAAGAGCAUUAAGCUUUAUGCUUGGGAAUAUGCCUUUUUACGAAAAAUAUUGACCGUCCGAAAUGAGAAGGAACUGAAGAUGCUGAGGAAAAUAGGCAUCGCAACGUCCCUCAACAUGAUGCUCUGGACCGGUAUACCGCUACUCGUCGCAUUCAGUUCCUUUGCUGUCGCCGCCAUAACGUCUUCUAGACCGCUAACAUCAGAUGUUAUUUUUCCUGCCAUAUCGCUUUUCAUGUUACUUCAAUUUCCAUUGGCAAUGUUCAGCCAAGUGACUUCAAACCUCAUUGAAGCGAUUGUAUCGAUCAGGCGACUUUCAGACUUCUUGGAAGCAGAUGAGUUACAGGCGGAUGCACGCAAACUGAUGGAGAAACCCAAUCUGAAACGUGGCGACGCGGUAUUGUCCAUUAGAAACGCGGAUUUCAGCUGGUCCACAGAAGCUGUUCAGCCUGUUUUAGAAGACAUCAACCUCACUGUGCGAAAAGGAGAGUUAUUGGGAGUCCUCGGCAAAGUAGGAUGCGGAAAGACGAGUCUGCUGUCUGCCAUUAUUGGCGACAUGAUUAGGACGGAAGGAGAUCUGACUGUAUAUGGCACCGUCGCAUAUUGCCCACAAAACCCUUGGAUUCUUUCGGCGACCGUUCGAGACAAUAUCCUCUUCUCUCAUGAAUAUGAUGAAGUAUUUUACAAUCUAGUCAUUGAAGCUUGUGCGCUUGUACCUGAUCUGGCGUUGUUGCCUCAAGGUGAUAUGACAGAAGUUGGGGAAAAAGGAAACGGUGGCCAACGAGCUCGUCUCGCCUUAGCUCGCGCCGUCUACGCCCGCGCAGAUCUGCAAGUUUCUGCUGCGGUAGAUAGCCACGUUGCACGGCACAUAUUCACAAACGUCAUCGGUCCUCAAGGGAUACUCGCGUCCAAGGCUCGCAUUUUAGUCACAAACAGUAUAGCAUUUGUUAGAGAGUUCGAUCAGCUCGCAUACAUACGUCGGGGUAUCAUCUUUGAAAUCGGAAGCUAUGAUUCUUUGAUGUCCAAGACCGAGGGAGAAAUCAGCAGGCUGGUACAUGGUCAUGGCAGGAGCACAAGUUCGUCGGGUACUUCUACGCCAUUCAUUACCGGAGGGAGUGGCGCUACUACACCCAAAAUUGGAGAAGACUUCGAAGCAGCAAAAUUCGACAUUACCUUGUCUGAAAAGCUCCGGGACCGAUUUAGUUUCUCCAAGGCAGUGAUUGCCAAACCUUCUCCAAUUCGCUCGCUGGAGACCACCGGCCUGAGCAAGGAACACAUGGAACAAGGCCGUGUUAAAACCCAUGUUUAUUUGGAAUACAUCCAUGCUGCUUCAAAGACGGGGUUUUCUCUUUUUUUAGCUGCAAUUAUUGCUCAACAAGCUUCGUCCGUUCUUGGAAAUCUUGUUCUUCGAAGCUGGGGCGAACAUAACAGAGAAAUGGGAACCAACGCCGGAAUGCUGAAGUAUCUUAUCAUCUAUGGCGCGGUGUCAUUGUCUUCCAUCCUUUUGGGAGGCGCAGCUGCCAUUUUGAUGUGGGUCCUAUGCUCCUUGCGUAGUGCAAGGAGACUCCAUGACGCGAUGCUUAAUUCUCUCAUACAUGCACCACUUACCUUCUUUGAGUUGACCCCCACCGGCCGUAUCUUGAACCUUUUCUCUCGUGAUACCUAUGUCGUUGACCAAAUCUUGGCGCGUGCUAUUCAAAAUCUAUGCAGAACCCUUGCUGUCUGUGUGUUUAUCGUUUUGGUUAUUGGAACUAGCUUCCCGAUGUUCCUUCUCUCCGUCAUUCCUUUGGGCUAUUUCUACUUGCGAGUCAUGAAAUAUUAUCUUGCUACAUCUCGAGAACUCAAACGUCUAGAUGCAGUGUCUCGUUCACCCAUCUUUGCAUGGUUCUCUGAGUCACUCGCCGGUCUUUCGACCAUCCGUGCCUUUAAUCAAGGAUCUCUCUUCAUUGCCACGAUUCAACGCCGUGUUGAUCGCAAUCAAAUCUGUUAUCUCUCAAGUGUUUCUGUUAAUCGCUGGUUGGCUGUGCGACUUGAGGCAGUCGGAGCCACCAUUAUCUUUUUAGUUGCCACCUUGGCCAUGGUUGCGCUGAUAACUACAGGCGUUGACGCUGGAUUGGUCGGCCUUGUACUAUCAUAUGCUUUGAACGCAACGUCCUCUCUAAAUUGGGUAGUCAGAUCCGCAAGUGAAGUGGAGCAAAAUAUCGUCAGUGUUGAAAGGAUAUUGCACCAGAGCGAAGUAGCUCCUGAAGCUCCUCACGAGUUGCCUGAUUCAAAACCAGACGUACCUUGGCCCUCUAAAGGCGAAGUCGAGUUCAGUCACUACUCUACUCGAUAUCGGCCUGAUCUCGAUCUCGUACUAAAAGAUAUUACGAUGACCAUAAAACCAAAGGAGAAGAUCGGUGUCUGCGGGAGGACGGGGGCUGGGAAGUCUUCGCUUCUGUUAGCUCUAUUCCGAAUCAUCGAGCCCGCCGAAGGAACCAUAUUCAUUGAUGGUGUUGAUAUCGCGAAGAUCGGGCUGCAUGACUUGCGGUCGUCCAUAUCAAUCGUCCCUCAGUCACCAGAUCUGUUCGAGGGGACCCUGAGAGAGAAUAUCGAUCCAGUUGGUGAACAUGCCGAUGCAGACAUAUGGGUUGCACUUGGUCAGGCUCAUCUGAAGAACUACGUUGAAAGCUUGCCCGAAGGCCUUGAUGCGCCUGUCAGAGAAGGAGGAUCUUCUUUAUCAUCUGGACAGAGACAGCUGUUGUGUUUUGCUAGGGCGCUUUUGCGCAAAUCCAAGGUCCUUGUUUUGGAUGAAGCGACGUCGGCCGUGGAUUUGGAUACUGAUAAAGCGAUUCAAGAGAUCAUUCGCGGGCCGGCCUUUACUGACGUUACAAUUCUAACAAUCGCACAUCGUUUGAAUACCAUCAUUGAGUCGGACCGCGUUCUUGUUAUGGAGGCCGGAAAGAUGGCCGAAUUCGACACACCUCAAGCGCUACUGUCAAAGAAUGACUCAAUAUUCUAUUCUUUAGCAAGUCAAGCUGGGCUUGUUUCUGAAUAG